AUGCCCCGGUGCCCCGGCAACAAGUGGAUGCGGAUGCUGCAGAUCUGGAAGGAGCAGGGCUCUGAGAACAUGCACUUGGACAUGCAUCAGACCUUCCAGGAGCUGGGGCCCAUCUUCAGCGCCUGGCUCUGUGGAGCAGGGACCAGGCAGGACACGGCCCCUCAGCAGGCCGCAGAGCUCUGCCCCACAGUAAUCUAUCAGGAGCUGGCCCUCGGCCACCCGUGGCACUACAGUGACAUCGUGGCAGAGCUGCUGAUGCAAGCAGACAUGACCCUGGAUACCAUCAAGGCCAACACGAUCAACCUCACUGCUGGGAGUGUGGACACGACAGCCUUCCCCUUGCUGAUGACUCUCUUUGAGCUGGCUAGGAACCCGGAGAUGCAGCAGGCCCAGCGCCAGGAGAGCCUGGUGGCUGAGGCCCAGAUCUCAGAAAAUCCCCAGAGGGCCAUCACGGAGCUGCCUUUGCUGCGGGCGGCCCUCAAGGAGACCUUGAGGCUGUACCCUGUGGGUAUCACCGUGGAGUGGCAAGUGAGCUCGGACCUGGUGCUGCAGAACUACCACAUCCCAGCUGGGACGCUGGUGAAGGUCCUAUUCUAUUCGAUGGGUCGAAACCCCACCGUGUUUGCCAGGCCUGAGAGCUAUAACUCCCAGCGCUGGCUGGACCGCCAGGGCUCUGGAAGCAGGUUCCCGCACCUGGCCUUUGGCUUUGGCAUGCACCAGUGCCUGGGGCGGCACGUGGCCGAGGUGGAGAUGCUGCUCCUGCUGCACCAUGUGCUGAAGACCUUCCUGGUGGAGACACUGGAGCAAGAGGACAUAAAGAUGGUCUACCGCUUCAUACUGAUGCCCUCCACCCUGCCCCUCUUCACCUUCCGGGCCAUCCAGUAGUCCUGUCAGCUCACUGCCGGGCCAUGCACGCUACAAGCCCCUCUGCUGGACCCCGGCCAC